AUGGUGUUAGGUCGCCUGACUCACUUCGCUUUCGACGCCGUCCUCAUCUCUGCGUUCCUCGCAGGCGUCAAGAGGAGUACUGGUCUCACACCUACCAGUAUCAAAGCCUCCUCCCUCGGCGAAAGCAAAGAGGUACAAACCUGGGUUGACCGAUACUUGGGUGUCGGAGAGUGGGUCAUGGACCAAAGUAUCGCCGUGAUGGGGAGCAGUAGUUGGUUCGAGCGAAGGCGAUAA